CUCUCUUGCAGGACAAUGCCCUCCUCCAUCACGUGGGGCCUCCUCCUGCUGACAGGCCUGUGCUGCCUGGUCCCUGGCUCCCUGGCUCAGGAUCCCCAGCGAGAUGCUGUCCAGGAGACAGAUGCCUCCAAGCAUGAUCACAAACAACAGCAGGAGCUACCCUGCCACAAGAUUGCCCCAAACCUGGCUGACUUUGCCUUCAGCCUGUACCGUCAUGUGGCCCGUCAGCCCAACACCACCAACAUCUUCUUCUCCCCAGUGAGCAUCGCCACAGCCUUUGCGAUGCUCUCCCUGGGGGCCAAGGGUGACACUCACACGCAGAUCCUGGAGGGCCUCAAUUUCAACCUCAUUGAGCAAUCAGAGGCUCAGAUCCAUGAAAGCUUCCAGGAUCUGCUCCACACCCUCAACCGGCCGGAUAACCAGCUACAGGUGACCGCGGGCAAUGGUCUGUUCAUCAAUGAGAGUGCGAAGCUAGUGAAUAAGUUUUUGGAGGAUGUCAAGAAACUUUACCACUCAGAAGCCUUCUCCAUCAACUUCAAGGACACCGAAGCGGCCAAGAAACAGAUCAACGAUUAUGUAGAAAAGGGAACCCAAGGAAAAAUUGUGGAAUUGGUCAAAGAACUUAGCGAAGACGCACUUUUAGCUCUGGUGAAUUACAUUUUCUUUAAAGGCAAAUGGGAGAAGCCCUUCGAAGCUAAUUUCACCACAGACGAGGACUUCCAUGUGGACGAGAACACCACAGUCAAGGUGCGCAUGAUGAAAGGCCACGGCGUGUUUGACGUCCACCACUCUGACACUCUCUCCAGUUGGGUACUGCUCUUCAACUACGUGGGCAACGCCACCACCUUCUUCAUCCUGCCUGACCCGGGGAAACUGCAGCACCUGGAGGACACGCUCAGCAAGGAAAUCCUCGCCACGUUCCUGGAAAACAGAUCCUCAAGGUUCGCCAAUUUAUGUUUGCCCAAACUGUCCAUUUCUGGAACCUACGAUCUGAUAAAGGUCCUGGGCAACCUGGGCAUCACCAAGGUCUUCAGCAACCAGGCUGACCUCUCAGGGAUCGCUGAGGAAGUGCCCCUGAAGGUGUCCAAGGCAGUGCACAAGGCUGUGCUGACCAUCGACGAGAAAGGGACUGAAGCUGCCGGGGCCACUCUCGUGGAAUUCAUCGUUGGGUCGUCAGCUGUGUUGUCACCCCCAAAUGUGGAGUUCAACAGGCCCUUCGUCUUAAUCAUCUACGACAGAUACACCAAGAGUCCCCUCUUCGUGGGAAAGGUGGUGGAUCCCACCAAAACAUAACUUCCUCUCUGGUUCAGCCCCCACACCAGGCCAGGCCCCCGCCCUAGACGACAUUAAAGAAUGGCUGACCUGGCCCAGGCUU